GUGAUGCUGGGGCAAAAGCGACCGAAAGACAGAUUAAAAAGCUCAUUAAAAACCAAAAGGAAGAAAAAAAAAUCAAUAAAAAAACAAACUCAUUCUCUCACCCACCGAUGGAACAUAGUUUGCUUUGCUAUUGUGAUUCACAGCCAUUGGUUUCAAUGGUACGUUUGUUUCCCCCCCCCCCCCCAAACGUAGGCAUAAUCUUGGCUGUGUGUACCCUUAAUAACACGCAUAUGCAUUUACAACCAACCAGAGCAGGAGAGAAAGUGACGAAAUUCGAACGAAGGAAAGGAAAAGACAACAGAGAGAAGAGGAGAAGGAAAUUUAAAAAAAAGCAAGCGAGUCAACAGCAGCAAGUGGUGGCGUAGCGUACGAGAUGGGACAAAAGGAGCAGAAGAAACAGGGCCCAACCGGGCGCAAAACAGCCGUCAACUGAACCGUGCGCAGGCCGGUACCAUUUGUGGGCGAAUUGCCGAACCGUACGCAUGUUGCGGCGCAUCACUCGUGCGGCCAUCAUUGCUCAAUGAGCCGGAAGGACGCAAACGAUCGUACGUAACGUGUGGAAACAGGGAGCGUUCUUUAAUCUGGUGCUAGUGUGGUGUUUUUUCUAGGGCUGGGUUGUAGUAUGUGCACGGCAGUAUUUACUGGGUCGGGUACUUUCCUAGCGUUAGGAAGUUCAUGAGUAUGGCAGCAUGGUGUAGAACGGUGCGGUGCGUUGUGCUGUGGUGUUGUGGGCUGAUCCUGGUAUGUCCGCUCCAAGCGGCACCAAUUGAACCACUGACGGUGGAGGAGGUGAACAGUUCACUAGAUCCGGUACAGUGGAAGGAAGCCAUCGGUGAGGAUGUGUACCGGACCAAGCGCAAGUACCGACCGGAGGAAUGGGCCGCAGCUAACGCCAUCUUGGAUUUGUUGGAGCAGCUUAAGAAUAUUCGGAAUGCGUCCGUGCGUCGGAACUUGCCACCAUCAACAACAACGACAACUUCAACAACAUCAACAACAUCGACAACAACAACCACAACAACAACAACUCCACCACCUAUUAUAACUCCAGUGCCACACAUUAGAGCACGUGCGGACAGAAGCUCGCGUCAGGAUGAGGAUGAGAUACCGCAGUUCAAUCCGGAUGGUACGAUCAUGCUACAACUUCCUGGUAAGCUGUUCGGUAAUGCGACCAACUUUGUACUGGCGGCGGCCAAGCUGUUUGGAGACUUUCUCACGGUAAGUUUUGAUGAUUUUACACGCACUGAGAACUUUAAGACCAAACUAACUCCAAUGUCUUUAAAAUCCCGAUCACUUCCAGAACACCGCAAUACGUACGGCCAGAUUUAUGAAGCUAUUCCAACCGAUUGCGGGUCGCCAUUUGUUCAUUCAAAUACCGACACCGAGUCCGUCCGGUGUAGAUAACUGAGGUGCUG